AUGUCACGACAAUAUAUAAGAUGGAGGUUUGCUUUUUCCCCUUCAUUCCUCGCUUUCCUCACCAUCUUGGAUACAAAGACGUCAAGCGUACUUCAGCCUUCGAAUUUAGCAGGUCGCAAGAAAUUCUACACUGUCCAGUGUGAGUCGAGCAGGAGGCUUCUUUCCAACCGCAACUCAUGGGCUUCGCGACAAAUUUCUCCGAGUAUUCCCUUCCAGUUUAAACGGCAUUCCUGACCUUGUAUUUCCGGACAUUGCAAAAA